CUAACGCAGGGAAUCACCACAGCAUUCCAGUGCUUUCUUACCGCAUUCCUUUCCACUUAUUGAGCAGUAGAAGUCUGGCUGUAACAUGGUAGAUGGCAAGUUCGUUAUAUUCCUGGUUCUCAUAUUAGAUCUGGUCCAUAAUGAGGACUUUCACUGUCCCAAGGACCAUUUUCUAAACACACUUAAGUACAUCUGUCAGAGGUGCAAAGUGUGUCAGCCGGGAGAGUAUGUCAAUAGGCCAUGCAACAGUGUGGAUGACACAGAAUGCAUUUCAUGUCCAAAUAAUACAUAUACAAGAGCUCAAAAUCUUGAGCAAUGCAACAACUGCACAAAGUGCAAGAUAGCUGAUUUGUCACCAUGCAAUGCAACCUCCGACGCUGUUUGCAUGGAGGAGAAAGAAAAUAAAGAAAGGGCUGAAGGUGACGAUAGCAACCUAAAAUGGGCCUUAGGUGGAGUAUCAAUAGUAUUAGUACUCAUUGGCGGGGUUGGCGGGGCCUUUUUGGUGGUACACUGUGUCCGUAGAAGAAGGCGGCGACCCCCAGAACGCCGAGAUCCACACGACCAAGUAGAAGUUCAAUUAAUGUGCCUGACCCGCAAGAAAAUGCUGGACAAUGAUGAAAAAGAGAAGCCACCUUCUUCAAGUAGAGUCUAAACCCAUCUCGUCUCAAGACACUCACUAUUUAAAGUCUUCUUUGAAAUAGAGGGCAUGUAGUAAACACUCUUGCAAAUACCAUUUUCUCCAAAAUUUUCGUCAACCUUUCUGAUAAUCCAUACAGGGCCCAAGCCACGAGGGACGAUGACCACAACCCCCCCCCCCCCAACCAUCCACUAACCACUUCGUUGGAAAACGGAUUAGCUUUCUGCAAGGACUUUUGUUUUGGAUCUUUAGUUUGCCCUUGGCCCAAAAACUCGGGUUGGAGCCCCUCCCCUGCCAAAUCUUGAAAUCUUGCUGCCAUGAACUGACAAAUUUCGCUUGUUUCUCUCACAUUAUUUGUGUGUUACAAUACCUUGUUUAAAAUCAAUUUUGCCAAAUGAAAGUUUCCGUCCGCUUUAACAACCUGCUUUCCAGUUUGCAUUCCUUGAUUUCAGCGAGAAAAUCUGUCUGGCACAGAAGCGAGGGGCUACACCCUCGAUAAUAUUUCUUAAGAUCAUUCCCUUCAGAUUGGUAUAGAUUGCUUCAUUAUUAGAGAAUACGUGGCGUGAGUAGAGCUUUUACAAAAAUAUGGCGCGUGUGCGCGGCUGGAAGCUGCUGUGCUGGCACGGAGAGGAUUUUCCCCGCGCACUAAAAGGAAUGCAGGCCGGCCUGCUGUCAGUUAAAUAUUUCCAGGUUAAAACUCCAACCAAAACAUGUCUGCGUGAAAUUUUCCAUCAGCAAAUCGCUAAAUCUUUAUAUUUUUCUCUGCUAGAUUUUUGCCAUUCUUUACCUAAGGAUACCUUGCUAAGAAUAAAAACCUUCAUUUAUUAUAAUAUAAUUUAUCGUUGUCCUAAAUUCAGAUAAUGUUGUUUUGUAAUAUUUUGUAUAUGUGGUGUUUUUCUAAAGGAGAUUUUCUGUCAUAGUCACAAAGUAAUUUUCGUACCUUUUGCCUAAGUUAUACUUGCGAAAUUAAUUGUCAAUGGUUAAUUAUCUGCAAUGUAGAUUAGUUCUAAGUUAACAAAAUAAUUUAAUUUGAUUUUAGAAUAACAAUGAUACUUCUUAUUUAAGUAGCUAAAUGCAUGUCUGUAAAUUUUCGCGUUGUACUGCUUUGUAUCUUUUUCUCGUUCAUAACUGAACUUGUGUAUCUUAUUAAAAUGUUGCAUCUAAUUUGCAAA